AUGGCCAAGAAGAAAUGUUAUAAACGCAAAGGCAAGAAAACUACUUCUGCAGUUUAUAAACAAGAUGUAGAUAAUAAACAAGACGAAGUCAAAUCUGAUAUUUCUGUAUCGAAAAUUACUCUUGAGCCUUCCAAUUCCGUGAGCCAACCUGUUUUAUUAAAACUAUGCAGGCUGUGUGAGACCAAGGACGGGCCAUUCGUAGAAAUGUUUGAUGCCGAGACGAUGCUAGCUAAGAAAAUUGAUGAUAUAAUGCCAUUUGUGAUUGCUGAAAAUGAUGAUUUGCCCCAAAGAAUUUGUUUCCGAUGUUCAGCGAAAGUUGAAGAGGUAUAUGAAUUUAUACAAAAAUGUCUUAAAACUCAAGAGAAAUUUCAGGAGGCAGCAGGGAUAAAGGUAGUUCUAAAGCAAAAACAAUAUAGUUAUCGAUCAGCUUGGGAGGACAAGUUAAAUGAACGUAAUAUUUCUAAUGAUGAUGUAUGUAAUGCUCUCAUUUUAAAGGCUAUUGAAGGUAUAAAAAAUUUACCCAUCACACCUUCCGGCGAAUCAGAAAAAAAGAUCAUAAAAAAAGAAACGCGAUUAUCAUUUAAAUCUCUUAAAGAAGAUAAUAUAGAUGAUUAUAAGAACAAAGAAGAUUCUAAAGAAAUAAAUAAGCCUAUUGAAAUCCAAAGAAAUACUAAUAAAGCUCAAUCCGACCACUCUGCACCAAAAAUUGCUGAAACACCUAAGGUUACUGACAAGCAAGUAAUGAAAAUAAAUACAUUUUGUACAGAUAGGGAUCACUCUACAGAAAUAUCCGAAGAAGUUAAGCCAUUCAAUAUAAUGGAUCACGUAAGCAUGAUUAAAGUGAAUGGCGUAGGUGUUUUAUUUCAAUGCAAGUUAUGCAAUCGUAAUUUCUUAGUAAAGGAAGUUGUAAUGAACCACAGAUGUGCUAAAAACGGCGGCAAAAAGAUUGCAGAAGAAGAAAAAACAGUUGCGCCUCCGCCACCAAAGGUUCCUCUUAUAAAAUAUAUUAAUACUAAACCACAAACUGAAAACAUAACAUCUGGAACAAAAUCCAAUGAAUGUAUAAGUAAAAUAAUCAAUAGCACUCCCAUAAAUGUAGAUGAUGAUGAGGAUGACACACCUUUACUGCCUCAGAAGCCUAAACGUAAAAUUGGUCCAGCUAGCAAAAUAAGGCAACUUGAAAAUAUACAGUCAACAACAUCAUCAGCUAAUCAAUCACUACAACAAACAUCUCAGAUACCUAGCUCAGAAACCUUAGUUGCGGCACCUACUGUUCAAAUGCCAAAUUCUGUACUACACCCGAAUAGUCGAUUUAAACUUGUUCCAGGACCGAAUAAUUCCUUUAUGUUAGUUGAAGAUAAACUUGACGAUACUCCUGUAUCGGAAUCAGUGACCAACAAAUCAACUACUAUUGAAAAAAUGAAUAAUUUGCAGACAUUAACAGUUAAAAGUGGACCAAAAUCUAAAAGAACUACAAUAAAAACGAAUGUUAACCAACAGCAACCUUGUCCUACAGAACAGCCGUAUCCAGUACGUUUGAUCAAAUCUGGAGUUGCUUGUCAUUCCGAUUCGCUCUCUCCUUCUGAAACCACACCAGGCAAAAAACAGUCUUAUACAAUAGUUCAAACUGGGAAUCCCAGCAAAUUGCUCAUAUCUACAAAAUCUCAUCCAGCUGAUGAGGUUCCCACCAAGAAAUUAAAACAAACGGUCAGAGAGAAUUCAUUUUCUGGUUCAUCAGAGAAUACACAAAAAUGUUUCACAUUUGUUAACGUAGAUUCUACUACACAACCUUCUUAUGUAUUACCAACAGGAAACAUAGUCCAAGAGUCUCAAAUAUCAACUUCUACAAUUAAACCUGGUGACGAAAAAGAUAAAUAUCCUUGUGAUAUUUGUGGGGAAAAGUUCUCUAGGGAAAAGAAACUGCAAGGUCAUAUACAAUCACAUUACAAUCAACUUGAUGAGGAGGAUCAGAAAAGAGGUUCCACGAAGAAACGAAAAUUAAAUACUUAG